AUGGCAACCGUCGACAUCGAAUCUGUGUCCCAAGACCUCUUUACCAACACCUCAAUCCAGUCCUUCUCAUGGCAAGAGCUCACUGUGACGGUCAAGGACCGCAAAUCGAAGCUGCCUCUCACCAUUCUUGAUUCCUGUAGUGGCAAUGUGCAGGCCGGGCAACUGGUCGCAUUAAUGGGCCCAAGUGGCAGCGGGAAGACAACAUUGCUUAACGUUCUGGCCAUGCGAUCACAAAUCCAAUGGGCAGGCCAGCUACGUCUCAAUUCCAAUCCCAUUACCAAGACUGGCCUUCGAGGAAUUUCGCGAUACGUCGAGCAGGAGGAUGCUCUCAUUGGAAGUUUGACAGUACGAGAGACCAUCGACUUUUCGGCCAGACUUGCGCUUCAUGGGGUAAAGAGAGACACCAGGCGUGCAAUGGUCAAUUCCCUUAUAACGGCGUUCGGCCUACGAGACCAGCAGGACACCAUCAUAGGAACACCGAUUAGAAAAGGCAUCAGUGGUGGCCAGAAGCGCCGUGUUAGUGUUGCGAGCCAGCUGGUCACAUCGCCAAAAAUCCUCUUUCUCGACGAGCCCACCAGUGGACUCGACUCUGCUGCAAGUUACGAGGUCAUGAAGCUGAUCUCCGAGGUGACAAAAAAACACAAGUUGAUUGUGAUAGCGUCGAUCCAUCAGCCAUCCACGACAACAUUUGAGCUGUUCGACAAGCUACUACUCUUAUCUCAUGGGAAAACGUGCUAUUUCGGUCCAGUCCAGGAAGUCGACGCAUACUUUGGAAAUGUGGCGCCAAUCCCGAUGCAUACCAACCCUGCCGAAUUUCUGCUGGACCUUGUCAAUACCGACUUUACGGACAAUCCAUCAGGAAAGGUCGACCUUGCAAGAAUUCAGAGCUGCUGGACUGACUCAGCCAUGAGCCAGUCCCUAGAAACGGAACUCUUCGCUGAGAAACCAACGAGGGGAGGCCCUCUUGAGCUAGAGAGCUCCAGAGGCAGAGGUAAUGGCUUACAACUUGACUUACCAGUAACUUUACUGCACCGGAACUUCAUCAAGUCUUAUCGUGAUCUCCUCGCAUACGGCACACGUGUUGCCAUGUACACGGGCUUGGCAAUCCUGAUGGGCACGGUAUGGCUUCGCUUGGAUUAUACACAGUCUUCCAUCCAGCCAUUCAUCAAUGCAUUAUUCUUCGGCGGUGCUUUCAUGUCAUUCAUGGCGGUCGCGUAUGUUCCCAGUGUCAUCGAGGACCUUUGGACUUUCAAUAAGGAGUACGCGAACGGGCUCUACGGUCCGCUGAGCUUCAUGGUUGCCAAUUUUUUGAUCGGAAUUCCAUGGCUGUUGUUGAUCACACUGAUCUUCAGCGUGAUCACCUAUUGGUUGUCCAACUUUCAUGCGACCGCAAGCGGAUUCUGGAUAUGGGUGUUGUUCCUUUUCCUCGACUUGCUGGCUGCAGAAAGCCUUGUGGUUCUCUUCAGCUCAAUAUUCCCCAUUUUUGUGGUCGCCUUGGCAGCCAUUGCAUUCGCUAAUGGCCUGUGGAUGAGUGUGGGUGGAUUUCUUGUCCCAAUGGGCACACUAAACGUUUUCUGGAAAUAUGUUUUCCACUAUAUCGAUUACCAAGCAUACGUUUUUCAGGCCAUGAUGGUGAAUCAGUUCAAAAACACCGUAUACGACUGCGACCCUACUGGCCAGUCGAGUUAUUAUUGCAUGUACAAGAGCGAUCUCCAGGACCAGGGUAAGAUAAGAGGUACUGCAGUCCUGGAGGCAUAUCAUUACUCCCACGAGGACGGUAAAAUAUGGGAAUGGUUUGGCAUAAUGCUGGGCAUCAUCGUGGUUUAUAGGCUACUUGGAUUUUUGGCUCUGUGGCUUCGAACUCGGGGUUCUCGCUAA